CUACGUUAUUUUCUUAUGUCACCACACUUAAAAAUUCUUUAAAUUACCAAAAGAAUUACCAUAAUUUCUCUCCCAAUAAUUUCAUGGCCUAUAUAACUGCAAAUCUAACCAGAGUUUAGGGUUUCCCAUUUCCUUCAAUUUAUCGUCAACAUCAUCAUCAUCAUCAUCAUCACCAUUAUCAACAUAUUCAUCUAUAAUUCCAAUCUCUUUUCUCCAUUUAUGAGAAGAUAUUCCUGUGACUAUAUAAAAGAUUUUGGUUGAUUUGGACAUGAUGUUUGCUGGAAUGAUAGUUGUUGUUCUUGAUCUUGAUCUGAGUAAAUCUUGAGCGAAACACGUAUUGGUAUUUAUGGAUUUGGAGAGUGAAUGCUCUGCGCUUGAAUUUGUGGAGGAUAAUGAAGUAACUCAACACACUGUACCUCAUGUUGAUGAUAAUAAGAUCAAGGAUAAUCAUAUUGAUAUUUACAAGGUUAAGGAUAAUGGGUUGUGUGCAAAUGAUGAUGAGACUCAGAGGUUGGCAACUGAUCAAAGUAUGCAUUCCGAUGCUUUGACAGCUGAUAAUCAUGUGAAGGGUGCUGUUGAGGUUGUGCAGCCAAUGCAUUCACCUCCUUUAACAGCUAAAUCUCCUGAUAGGCCGUCUCCUCCUUCAACCAAAGGGUAUGGAUUGAAGAAAUGGAGGCGUAUCAAGAGAGACUUUGUUAAGGAUGCCACGGCCACUGCAGACAGCAGUAAAAUAUUGAAGCGGGGUUUGUCCAGUUCAGCAAAUCCAACUAAACCUCGACAUAUGGCAUCACCUGAGAUCAAGCAGAAUAGUGAGGGUCCUGUUGGAUCUGUUAAUAUGUUGAAAAACACAAGUGUUGCUCAUGGGCUAAUGAUGCAUAGCCCCAGCUCAGAUUCCAGGUUUGCAGUUGGGGCUGCUAUUGCUGCUGCAACAGACUCUGACAAUAGCGAGGAUCGGAGUAGUAAGUCAUCUACAGCAGCCAGUGUGCCAAAGGUGAAGUAUGACCUGCCUGCAGUUUUGGGGUACAUGAACGAGAAAAACCAGAUGAAGAAUUUAGGUGGGAAGAGUCUGGGUAAUUCAAGUCAAAGAUUUCAACAGGGAAAGGGUCGUGUUGAAAGCAGCAAGAAGCCCAGAGGAGAAAGGGUCAAAAUCGAGAAGGAAAACUCUCAUUCGAGCAUGGAAUCUGACUCAAGAAGCUCCAACUUUGUCUUUAUGCAGGGUCCAUUUUCAGUGACAAGUAACGGAAAGCAAAGUGGAAAGCCCAUGAAUUUUGAUGGGGAAAAUAGUGAUGAAGCUCAUGAAGGCGAACAAAUGGUUGGUGAGGAAGUUCAAACUGCUUAUAGGAAGGAAAAUUCAGGUGAAAUUGAAGAACUUUCACUGGAUGAUUUACCUGCAGAUUUAUCUUGGGAAGCUAAGGAAGAAAAAAGUGACAAUAAUCAGCCUUCACCAGAUCAAGAUCCAUUGGUUGAGUCUAUUUUUGCCCUCCAAUCUGUCCAGGAAGCCCUUGAAAAAGAAGUACAGAAACUAGGGGAGGUAGGAAAGGAACCUACAUCACUGCAUGAUGAUUCAGUUAAUAUUAACAGUGUUCCUGUGGAUUCUACUUUUUCUGAUCAUGAAAUCCAUGAAACUAGCUCAUCUGACCAGUUAGCUUCUGACAAGAUUAGAGAAAGUACUUCAGGUUCCAUGGAAACUCAGGUUUUCACCUUAACACAGAAAGUAAAAUAUUUGGAGAGCAAACUGGAAGAAGCAAGAGCUGUGCUUCAGGUGAAGGAAUCAAGGAUUUUAGAACUGGAAACCAAUGCAAACAGUAGCAGGUCACUGAAGGAAGAUUCAGGAAGCAAUGCAGAGUUGCAGCAAGAUAAAUAUAGAGAAAUAGAAUUCGACCUUGAGGGCCUCUUUCAACAAAAAAUAGAGGCUGAAAUUGAGUUCCUAGCUCUAACCAUGGCAAUACAGAAAUUGAGAAUUUCUUUGGGCAAUCAAGUCACAUUACUAGAAGAACAAACAUCAUUUGCAGGGAAGCAGGCACAGAUGCUGAAUAAGCUCGGAGAGGCAGAAAACAAGGCUGCAAUGCUAAAGAAAGAACCAGAGGAGUUGGAAAAGUAUUGUGGAGAUGUCGUAGGUCCUGAAGAAGUUUUGAAGAUGCAGAGGAGGGUUUGUAAGGUUACUUCAUGUUUUUUCACACAGUUGGUGUUACUGGCUUUAGUGUUCUUGUUCAUUGUCUUGCAGUUGUCACCCCAUUCAGGGGUGGUUGUUCCCACCUGAGUUAAAAGAGAAUAGGUCCUCUUUUGUGUAUUCUAAUGUUUGUAGGCAAUGUUCCAAAUGUAAGAUUUCAUUGUUAUUAUAAUUAAGAGCCUUUUCUUUUCCUUUUUCCCCUCUUUUGAUAACACCACAAUUUGGUCAAAAGUGGAAACGUUUUCAGGCUUGAUUUGAGCUCCUUUCAAUACUAGUUCUUACCUACAAGGUUGGUUUUCAGUCAA